AUGGAAUAUAUAAAUGAAACUUUUAAAAACCUAGAAGUUUAUCAGAAUGGAUAACUUAUAUCAUAUCAAUAUAAUCAAACUAAUGAAAAAGAAAAUUACUAAAUUGAUGAACUAAUUAAAAAUUUAAAUUUAAAUUUGAGUGAUACCAAAAUUGAUGAUCAAAUAAUUAAUCAAUUUUCUUAGAUGAAUUGUAAAGAUAAUUGA